UUACAUGUUCUGGAAGGAAUUGAUGUCUUUGCUCAUGACCAGACUCGCCAUGUCAUCUGCAUACCAUCCACAAACAGACAGACAAACCGAACACCUUAACCAAAUUGUAGAGCAACUCCUCCGCGCAGGAUGCAAGGACAACAUCUUCAAAUGGGACUUGCAUCUACCCGUCCUGGAGUUUGCCUACAACAAUGCCACUCACGCCGCUACUGGACAGACACCGUUCUUCCUCUGUUAUGGAUGCAACCCGCUCACUCCACAGAAACCAACAGCAUCAGCCACACUACCUGGAAGAUUCACAACGCCUUCCAUGUCCAACUUCCGAAGCCCUACCAAGAUCCCAACAAGAACUUCACUGGAUGCCAACCGCCGCCGCCACCGCCCGUCCUCGUCCAUGAUGAACCCAAGUAUGAGGUCGAGUCCGUGCUUGAACACCGCCAUCGUCGGAAAGGCUCCUUGGAGCUUCUCAUCCUCUGGAAGGGUUAUGAUCCUUCUAAGGAUACUGUAGCCGGGUCUCUAAAUCUGAUAUGGGUA